AUGCUCUGCUCCGGCCGCAACCACGCCUCACGCGCUCCGGCCCCGCGCUCACCGCGGUCGGGCCGCGCCCUGGCCACGCGCCCCACCGUGCCCGACCACCGCGCGCGCGCUCGCGCUGACUGCGCCCCGCAUCGCUCCCUGCUCGCGCGCGUGGCCGCCCCGCUGUUGCUCUGCUACUGCCGCUGCUCUACCUCCCUCGCAGCCCCGCGUCCCCGCCACGGAUCGCGCACGCCCCCGCCGGCGCCGUUCGCCUCCAUCGCGCCGCGGCCAGCUCCGCCCUACCCCCUGCUCCCCGUGGCCACGCACCGCGUGCCGAGGCUGCCGCCGCACUUGCCGUCCCGCUCCGACGCGGCACUCGCCCUGCGCCGCUCCUGGCCCCGCCCCUCACCUCGCUGCCCCCACUCGGGCCGGCUACGGCCGCCCUGCCAUGGCCGCCGGCCAGCCAGCACGCGGCCAGGGCCAGAGCCCCGUUCGGGCGCCCCGCCCGCUUCGCCCUUUUCCGCUCGGGUUCGCCCGCCCCGCUGCACGCUCGACCCGUUAGGGGCCCUGGCCCAAUGA